UUGUUGUACUUAAAGGGAAGCCAGGGAAUUGAAAAUGAGACUAAACGUCGCCAUCUUCUUUGGGGCUCUCUUUGGGGCCCUAGGGGUUUUACUCUUCUUGGUGGCUUUUGGAUCGGACUAUUGGCUUCUCGUGACUGAAGUGGGGAAGUGUUCCAGUGACCAGAAUAUGGAGAACGUCACCUUUCACCACGAGGGAUUCUUCUGGAGAUGUUGGUAUAAUGGGAUUGCGGAAGAAAACAGUUCCAAUAUCUGGAAGUUCUGGUACGGCAAUCAGCCAGCAUCCAAGAACUGCGCACAUGCCUACCUGUCGCCGUACCCCUUCAUGAGAGGCGAGCACAACUCCACCUCCUACGACUCUGCAGUUAUUUACCGCGGUUUCUGGGCCGUCCUGAUGCUCCUGGGGGUGGUCACCGUGGUGACCGCGAGCUUCCUGAUCAUCUGCGCGGCCCCCUUCGCCAGCCACCUUCUCUAUAAGGCCGGGGGAAGCUUCUACGUUGCUGCAGGCGUCCUGUUCUCCCUGGUGGUGGUGCUGUACGUCAUCUGGGUCCAGGCCGUGGCUGACAUGGAAAGCUACAGGAACAUGAAAAUGAAAGACUGCUUGGAUUUCACGCCUUUUGUUCUGUACGGCUGGUCAUUUUUCCUGGCCCCAGCAGGGGUGUUUUUCUCUUUGCUCUCCGGAUUACUCUUCCUCGUUGUUGGACGGCAUAUACAGCUACAUCACUAAUCAAACUGUUGCCACCGGUGUUUUCUUGAGAGAUUUGAAAACAGCGUAUUUUAUUUUUAUUUGUUUCAGUGAUCCUAGCAUGGAAUUAGUUGAUGUAACUUUCUAGUUGCUAUUCGAAUUAACCAUUUUCCUUGUGAUUUUUUUUUCUAAUAAGAAGGUUCUAGAAUCUCUCCAGACACCAACAUGUUUUCAUCUGUUGAAGUGCCCUCAAGAACCUGGUUCUUUAGGGAGCAGGUGACACGGCCCCCCUCUCAUUGCACUUGUGAGAGCUCACGCAGGCUGCGGACAUAUAAAGGUACAGUGACAGCGAAACAUCAUCAGCGGGGCCAAAUCUUAGAUUCAGAGGCUCCUUCUUGGCCUUCACUUCUGUUGCUACUUAAAAAACACCUUUGGGGAAUAAUUAA